AUGGAAUCUGCUGUUCGUCGACAAAUUUUUUGUUAUUUUCACAUUGGAGGUAAUAUUGAAGUUGUACCAAACCAGCAAAUUAUUUAUCAUGGAGGAAAAAUCAUAGGAGAGCUAAUUGAAGAAGGAUGCACACAUUCAAAUUUAAUGCAUAAGAUAUGGCUUCGAACCAAGAAAAAUAUGCAGAAUAAACGCAUUACCUACACAUUCAAGUUUAACCAAUCUCAACUCAUAGAUCUCAUUGAUACUGAUAGUGUUAACCAAUUGAUCACAUUCAAUGAUGAUACAGCUCAUGUAUAUAUCAUGGAGGUAGAAAAGACUAACCAUGAUAUUGCACCUCAUGAGGACAAUGACGACAACGUCCAUGACAGUACACUAUCAAGUAAUUCAACUCAAGGAGACGUCGUUACUAAUAUUGAUGGUCAAAAUUCAUUGACACCAAUUCUAUGUACAACCCAACUUGUCCCUACACCUCAGAUUAUCAAUGGCUCUGCUAAGUGGAAUGAUCUUAUAAAGGAAGAAGGACAGAUUUUUCAAAAUGCAAGUAAGCUGAGGAAAGCAUUGUUUGAAUAUGGUAUUGCUCAUAAGUUUACAUACAAGUUCUUAAAGAACAGUCCGGGUAAAAUAAUUUGUGUCUGCAAGGUUGAAGGUUGUCCGUGGAAAUUGUCGGCUUAUGCUAUGGGAAAAAAUACUUCGUUCCUCGUGGUGAGACAUUUUAUCAAGAAUCAUAAGCACUCAGCUCAAGAUGUAUUGGAGAGUACUCACUCUUUCAGAUCUAAUUUGGUGUCUUCAAUUAUUGUCGACAAGUUGAGAUUAACUCCUGACAAGUUGCCUAAUGACAUACGAAAUGAUAUUUUCAAGGAAUACGGAUUUUCACUAACAUAUCACCAAGCUUGGGCUGCAAAGGAGAAAGCAUUAGCUGAAAUUAAUGGCGUACCUAAAGAUUCAUAUAUGCUAAUUCCUUGGAUAUGUAAUCGUUUAGUGAAAACUGAUCCACAAACAGUUGCAAAAUGGACAUGCUCUCCUAGUUAUCAAUUUGAAAAGCUUUUUGUUGCAUAUGGGUGUUGUGUGACAGGUUUUCUUCGUGGAGCAAGGCCUAUAUUAUUUAUUGAUGGUUGCCACUUAAGUGGUCCAUACAAGGGAACUCUUCUAGCUGCCUUUACAUGCGAUGCAAAUAAUGAUUUAUUUCCGAUUGCGUAUGCAAUUGUUAGUGCUGAAAAUAAUGAGAAUUGGCUUUGGUUCCUAUCUAAUUUGAAAGAACUAACUGGGUCAAUUCCAGUUACGUUAAUAUCUGAUAGGCAUCCAUCAAUUAUUGCAGCUGUGGAGCAAGUAUAUGAUAGGGAUAGACAUGCUUAUUGUUAUCGACAUGUGAAAGAAAAUUUUUGUGCAGAAACUAAAAAGUUACAGAGGGGAAUACGCGGUGAAGUAAAAGAAGAUGCAAAAAAACUACUAGACGCAGUUUGUUAUACCCAUUUUGGCACAGAAUUUACAGAAGCUGUGGAACAACUUCGUGCAUUUUCACCAGAACUUGCAAAUUGGUUAGAGACUAAAGGAGAUAUUAACAAAUGGGCAAAGUCUCAAUUCCCUCAUCGACGAUGGGACCUCAUAACUACCAAUGUAGCUGAAUCAUUUAAUUCAUGGAUAAGAAAAGAGAGGACUCAUAGUAUUUGUGCUUUAAUAACAGAGCAUAGAGACAAACUUGCAAAUCUGUUAUAUACUGCAAAGUUAGAGAUGACUAAAUGGAAAAAUGAAGUUGGGCCAAAGAUUGAUAAAAUAUUGAUGGAACAUGUAGCUAGAAGUGAGUUUCUUAAAGCAGUGAGAUAUGGAGAUCAUAAUGUUAUGGUUAGAGGGUCAAAUGUUGAUGUAUGUGUGAAUCUACUACGCAAAGAAUGUACAUGUCUUGAAUGGCAAAUGACUGGAAUUCCAUGUCCACAUGCUUGUGCUGCAAUUAAAUUAUUACAUGGCAAUAUCUACACCUAUGUAGAGGAGUGCUAUCUGAAAAGUUCACAAGAAAAGAUUUAUGUGAGCAGUAUGAUCCCAAUUGAAACUCAUGACAUGCCUGAUGUCAACAACCUGACCCUAACAGAUUGGGAGAAUAAUAUUUUUCUUAUGCCACCUACAACAACUCGUCCUCCGGGAAGACCAUGCAAGAAGGGCCGAGAGUCACAAUUUCAAGAUGUGCAUGUUUACAAAUGUAGCCGAUGUGAUCAGAGUGGUCAUAAUCGUUCUAAAUGUAGAAAUCCUAAUCCAGAAAAAAUAUGA